AUGAUGACCCCCAGGGUCCUGGGGGUCCUGCUUCUCUCACUCCUCCUGCUCUGGGCCUCAGGUGAGCAGAGGCAACCGGAGCAAUCGAGAAACGUCUGCCUGGGGCUCAUCAAUAAGGGCCAGUAUGAAUCUUUCUACCUGGAGAACACUGCUGGCUGCUUCACAAAGUGCACGCAGUCAGGGAAUGAAGACUGUGACCUGAAAAACUUGCAGAGCUACUGGCUGGAAUUCGAGUACCAUCUGCUGGAGAGUCAGUCGGGCAUAGUGAACAUGUCUUUUUUGAAGGCUGCUGUCCAGAAUGUCAGCACCAACAUCUCAGAAGACCUGUUCUUCUCUCUGGCGCCCUCCCAGGUUCCAGGGCAGGUGACAGAGGAUGAGCGUGAACACCCCGACAGAGUCCGGCUGCCCAGGAGCCUCUUUGAAUCCCUGCAGAGCAACAGGUCGGAGGUCUUACUGGCCAUCACUGUCCUGGACGUCGGUCCGGGGAAUCUCUUCAAGGGCCCCCAGCUCAGCCUGGAGGAUGGCAGCCGCGUGUUGAACAAUCGCCUGGUGGGCUUGAGUUUGGGCGGAAUACCUGUCAGCAGGCUGGCUGAGCCUUUGGAGAUCACUUUCUCCCACCAGCACCUACCCUCUAACAUGACCCUCAGCUGUGUGUUCUGGGAUGUGACUAAAGGGUCAGCAGGAGACUGGUCUUCCACGGGCUGCUCCACGGAGCUCAGAGCCAAGAGGACUGUCUGUCGCUGUGACCAUCUGACCUUCUUUGCUUUGCUGCUGAAGCCGAUCUUGGACCGGGCCACCGUGCAGUUCCUCGUUCGCAUUUCCCAGGCUGGCUGUGGAGCCUCUAUGAUCUUCCUGGCCUUUACCAUUGCCCUCUACGCUGUCCUAAGGUUCUACCGGCAGAGGUUCAAGUCGGAAGAUGCCCCCAAGAUCCACGUGGCCCUGAGCAUGAGCUUGUUUCUCCUGAAUCUCGCCUUCUUCGCCAGUGUGGGGCAUGGCCCCAAGCAGUCGGAUGCCACCUGCCGGGCCCGGGGAGCCGUCUUCCACUACUUCCUACUCUGCACCUUCACCUGGAUGGGCCUGGAAGCCUUCCACCUCUACCUGCUCGUCAUCAAGGUCUUCAACACCUACUUCGGCCACUACUUCCUGAAGUUGAGCCUCGUGGGCUGGGGCCUGCCUGCCCUAAUUGUCUUUGGCACUGGGAGUGCGGACAGCUACGGCCGCUACACCAUCCGCGACAGGAGGAACGCCACCACGCUGGAGCUGUGCUGGUUCCGGGAGAAGGCAACUGUCUCUGCCCUCUACACCACCGUCCACGGCUACUUCCUUGUCACCUUCCUCUUCAGCGCCGUGGUCCUGGGCCUCGUGGCCUGGAAGAUCUUCACUCUGCCGAGUGCCACAGCAGGCAAGGGGCAGGGACCGAACUGGAAGGGGGUCUUCACGGUGCUGGGCCUCUCGAGCCUGGUGGGUGUGACCUGGUGGUUGGCCAUCCUCAUGCCCCUGGGCCGGUCCACCAUCUAUGUCUUCGCAGUCUUCAACUCCCUGCAAGGUGUCUUCAUCUUCUGCUGGUUCACCAUGCUCUACUUCCCCAGGCGGAGCGCCAAAGCCUCCUCUUCUGGCACGGGCCGAGCCGACCAAGUCCACACCAUGUCUCACGAAUAG